AUGAACGCUCGUCCACACAAGCAAUCCAUGUCUGAGCUCAAGCUUCGCAGACUGACGGAGCACAACCAACGGCUGCGUGAAGAUUUGGCCAGGCCGCGUGUGCGAGUCAGUGAAGCGUCUGCCAGGUACCGUCUGUUUGGGGACCAGUGGGCAAAGGCGAAGAUCCUUAUGCUCCUCCAGCGCAGGGAUGCAAUUGCACGAUAA